AUGAAACGGGCAAAACAAGAAAGAGAACUGACAGAUGAAGAGCGUAAUAUCGUGAUAUCAGUGCGCCAUUGUGCGCGAGAAUUGGACGAUGUCUUACAGGGUGCACGUAGAAAAGCCCAGUCGAAUCCCAAAGUAUUUGCGGAGACAGGAAUUAGUGUCAUGUUUAGAGGUGUUGACUCUUAUGCGGAUAUGUAUGAAAAAUUGGGUGUGAAGUCAAGAGAUGGAUUAGAAAGAUUAUUUUCUAAAUUUUCCGACUGCGAAGAAAUUCAGGAUACUCAAGAUGCAAUCGAAGAAACUGAAGGAAACUGGAGAAAUUUUCUAGUUAAUCUUGAUAAGGAGGUUGCACAUGAUGAACAUGAAAAUAGUAGAGUUAAUUCAGUAUCUAAACCCGAGAACCUUUCUAAUGUGGAAUGUGAUUACUUAUUCUUACCAUCACUACCACUUAUUGACUGGCAAACCAGCCGUGAGGUUAACUUGCAAGAUUAUGUCCAAAAAUACAUGUGCCUUGUAGUCAUCUGUCAGCCUGCAUACUGGCCAGAUACUGCUGUUCGUUGGCGUUAUUCAGAGGUAUCAAAAGCCCAGUGUGAUCUAUCCCAGUUCAACGUUGGAUACGCAGUUGUUACAUGGGGCCCAGCAGAUGAAGUGCGGAGUUGGUGCAAACAAGUUAAUCGAAUUACAAAGUGGCCAGUUUUGUGGGAUAAAUCAGGCGAUUUUCGAGCUAAAAUUGGAUUUAAGUCAGGUUUACAACGUGUAUGGGCCGCUGAAAAUCUGGAUUUCCUUGGUUGUCAACGUUCAAUGCAUCAUCGUCCGAUAAAUUCACCGCCAACUAAUCUCAAUUGGUCAGAAUGGAAACAAAUCGGUGGCGAAUUAGUUCUAUCUCAGCCUGUCUUAUGGAACCCACAAAAGACAAUGAAAUCUAACAUUUAUGUAGCAACGCAAACAGGCGUAAAACAUAAACGCAAUACUCAUGAAAGUGAUGAAGAUAGAUCCAAUGAAGAUUUGCACUCAGAAUCACUUGAAGUAUCAAUUAGAGAGGCCCUUCGUGAUAAAGAAGCGAUGUGUUCAAAACAGGUCAAGGUUUGUGCAUUGUACCUAAGUACUCGUAUUUCGGAUCUCAUGCCUUCAGGUUCGAUAUAUCAAGCUGCUUUAACAUGUUAUGCUCGUACACACAAUACUACAGAAAGCGAUGUCAUGGAUAAAAUUAGGAGAGAUCGCAGAUUUUCUACACCACCUGAAUCAGCUCGAUUACAGUACGAAGCAACUACCGGUUUAUAUUAUGACCCAGAAACUGCUUUGUAUUAUGACCCACUAAGAGGUUAUUUCUAUGAUUCAACGAAUCAAAUGUACUACUAUUGGUCUCAAUCUGAAGGACGAUAUAUCUUAGCCAACACAUUGAUUCAAGCUGAACUUGCUGCUGCGCAUGUAGCUCAAGCAGUAGCAGCCCAAGCUGCCGCAGACAAAGCUAUGGCUGAGCGAGAAGCUGCUAAAAAGGCGGCCAUGUGUGUAGCCGCGCAAUUAGCGGAGAUACGUGCGGGUAAAGACGAUUAUGCUGCUUAUGCGUAUGCAACAUGUGUAUUACCUCAACAAGAACCAAGCGACCCAGAUUACAAAGAAAUUUCUACAGACAGUGGUAGAUUUUGUAUCGCUUAUCAAAAUACAACAGCCGCUGCAAAUAAUAUAGAAGCAUCACUAAAAGCAUGGAACACAGGUAAUACUAACAGUGGUACUGAGAUUUUGUCGUCUAAACCUCUUGUUCCUUACACAGAUGACAAUACAGGAACUGAUCAUUGUAGUUCAACACCGCCGCCCCCAGGGUUGUAA